UGUCUGUGGCGCAGCGCAGAGAAAUGAUUUAAACCUAUUCAAGAUACCUGUAGCAACUGUAAAAGUGUUGUUGUCGCAUCAGUUUUUUGUUGUUGUAAGCAAUUGGAACAGAUAUAACAUUUACACAAAUUGCCAUACAACAUCACCGUGCGCUGAUGGACAAUUACGCGCAGAAGUUGCGUUGCGUAAUCAUGAUAAUCAUCGCGGAUGGCUGUGUUUCAUGUUCUUGGAUUAUGCGUACAAGCUUGUUAUGAUACCUGGUCAUCGCCUUUCCUUCGUCUACAGUGGAGAAGAAAAGUAACAAAGGGACGCACAUGAUGAGAAGCGCGGGGUUGUUGCUUGGCUACUUUUUGGUGAAAGUUCUUGUAUGCGACGCGGAGGGGGAGCCAGGGCAGAAGCUGGACGGCUUUAUUAUGGUACCAACGGGUACCAACGAGUCAAAAUUGAACAGAGAGAAUAGCGUUUCGGAGAGUCCGCAUACAGAGGACAGGUGCCGGGGUUAUUACGAUGUGAUGGGCCAGUGGGAUCCGCCGUUUGUGUGCCAAACGGGCAGUUACCUGUACUGCUGCGGGACCUGUGGCUUCAGAUUCUGCUGUGAGUUUACAAGCUCGCGGCUGGACCAGACCACCUGCAAAAACUAUGACACGCCGCCGUGGAUGAUGACAGGCAGACCCCCGCCUAAGAAAAAAGACCCCACUCACGAUCCCACAAAGGAUAAGACAAACUUAAUUGUGUAUAUAAUAUGUGGAGUUGUUGCCAUAAUGGCCCUCGUUGGGAUUUUCACAAAACUUGGACUUGAAAAGGCGCACCGUCCACACAGAGAAAACAUGUCAAGGGCUCUAGCCCAGGUGAUGCGCCAGCCUGGUCCAGGAGAACACUCAGAAGACAUUGGAGUGCAUGGACAGCACUAUGACAACAUGCAAGCCAACAGGGUACCUGCGAACAGUCUCCAGGCUAACCAGAUGAACAGUGUGGGUCCAGGAUCAUCACUAAUGCCAGGCUUAGGAUCUCCUCCCCACCCCUACCCUUCCCUGGGACAGAUCACUAGCCCCUAUGAGCAACAGCAACCUGGGAAAGAGCUCAAUAAGUACGCCUCCCUCAAGGCUGUCGCGGAGAAGGUUAAUGACAACUUCUACACCAACCGGCGGCACAUGGUAGAGAUGGCAGCCAAAGGCAGUCUCCCUAUGCACCCGAUGCAUCGCAUAGAGCAGGAGCCCAGCAACCCCUACAGCCCUCCCUUACAGCCUUCCCUAAAGCAGAACGGACACAAGUCCAAAAGCACCAAGGGCCACAGCAGCCACAGCAGCAGCUCCCAUACCCUGGCCUAUGGCUCCAACACCAUCGCCAACCCGGGGAUGCAGAAGAACUGGGACGGCUCAGAGACGGUGGGCCGCCGGCAGAGCCACGGCACUAAGAAACACUGCACCAUAGAGCAGGUGAACGAGAUGCACAGCACCUCGCGCAGCCAGCACUACAUGCCCCCGCAGCCCUACUUUGUCAGCAACAGCAAGACAGAAGUGACUGUCUGAUCUGAGAGCCCACCCCACCACCAUAACCACUAUAACCCCAGCUGCAAGAAAGAGAGAGAGCGCGAGAGCGAGAGAGAGAGAGAGCGCGAGAGCGAGAGAGAGAGCAAGAGUUGGUCAGAAGGUUGCUGUAGAGGCUGAAGUAGAACAGCGGUCCUGGAUUGAGUGCUGUGUGUCAACUAAUGCGUGUGGCUGACUGUGCAUGUGACAGGCAUGCGUGGGACUCCUGCCAGUGGGGGGAGAGUGACCACAACAACAUACUCCAAACCUCCAAGGUUUCGGUCAUCACUGUAUUGGUGAUUAUAUUGCAACUAAUACAAACAAAUCAUAUACUGCAAGUCAGACUAAUAACAUCAGUGAGCAGAGCAUAGUAAUGAUUGACCUCCGAUGGACAGGUUAGCCAGGAUGAGUCUGGAGCCAUGCAGCGGUGGAAGAGACUGGAACUGGACAAAAGCCCCGUGGCAAUAGACUUUUCCUAUUGUCAGUAUUAACUGAGAUCUCAAAGGGCCUGAAAAUGUGUAUCAUCUCAUGUAGUUUCCACUGAAUCCGCCGCGGAUAAGCCAGUAGGUUUAGAUCUAGACGCAGUGGAGCAGAGGAGUGGAGCAGAGGAGUGGAGCAGAGGAGUGGAGCAGAGGAGUGGAGCAGAGGAGUGGAGCAGAUGAGUGGAGCAGAGGAGUGGAGCAGAGGAGUGGAGCAGAUGAGUGGAGCAGCCGAUAGUAAAAGGAUACAUUGUUCUCCUCAACAUUGAUUGACAUUUCCUCAGAUUUUGUGUAGUGUAUAUACUGUGGGGGGGACUUGUUGGUAAUGCUCAUGCUCGGGAACCUCGGGCUCAUGAUUACAUCUAUUGGGAAACAGUGACAAUUUCAGAUAUGAACUGUAUAUUCUCCUUCAGAAACUACAGAACAUGAGGUGGAUGAGACUGCACCAAACCAGUUCUGUAGCCACAACGUUACACACACCCUACUCUGCUCUCUCUGGUGUUAGGGCUGUGCCUUUCUCUGAGAAAACUAUGAAAUACUGUUCGAAUCAAAGAGCUCGUCUUAUAAACCAUUGUCUAAGGUGUGGAAUUGACUUAAAUGUCUUCAUCUUGCAAACAGGUCCACAACUGUCAGUUGAAAACGGUGAGUUACAUCUAUCAUUUCACAUUCUUUAUUUCUGUUUCCAUUCGACAAUGCAUUGUGUGUGCGUUUACCUUGGUACCUUAGAACAAUGAUAGAGAAAACACAGAAGGAAUUGUGUCCUUUCCAUACAUGUAACGUCACUGCCAAUACAUUUGUGAAUAUAUUGCCCAUAUAUUUAUGAUAACUCCCAAAUUGAUUAGCAUGGGAUUAAUGUUGUGCAGUGGUGCCUGUUUCUCACCCACCACCAUCAAUACUACCAAAUCUUUACAUGGCCUAGAGCCAGGCCCCCCAUCUCAGACUGUUGUGGCAGUAGAAAACUACUGAGGGCUCCUUUACGGCUACCCAGAGAGAUGUUAAAGGGUAGUAGAUGUUCCUGAAACAGCCAUAAAAAGGUACAGCCUGAGUAAAUAGAGUGGAUGGAUUUCAUUUAGUAUGAGAUCAUGCCCUGAAUUAAGACAGAGAAGGUCCUCUGAAAUCACCAUGAGUUGAUGUCAUUGCAUGCACAAAUCAAACUAGCUUUCUGUAAAAGAGAAAUUGCAAUACGUUAUGUACUAAUAAUUGUUUUAAAAAAAUGGUUUCCCUAUUUUUCUUAUUAUUAUUUAAAAAAAGAAAAUCUACAGUUUCAUCAACUUUAUAAGAUAUACACAUAAAAAUAAAAUGUGUUCAUUUUGAAUAUCUGGAGUAGCCUACUAAAACACCUGGGAGUACCCAUGUACAAACACACAGGUCAAGAUGUGCCUGUCUUUUCCAUUGGGCUAGUUGUGCGUCAUCAGAUGAAAAAUAGUACAUUUUUCUCCCAACACUCCAUUCUUGGAAGCCCACACGAGCGGCACAGUGCAUUAGCAUGCCACACUUACCAAAAAAAGCGUUUUAAAUAAAGGGCUUCUGAUGCAAUUUGCCAUGUGUUGCGUUUGUCACUGCCCACUGAUUCAAGAGCAGCCCACACUUUGUCUGCAUGUCUUAAUCAUGCCUCUCAACUUUCCAUGGCUUUCAACUGUCCAUUAGUCUGUCUGCCAGUGACAAAGUGGCUCUAAUGGCUGGAGGAGUGACAGCCAGCAGCUUGUCGUUCAUUCUCUUACUCACCACAUGAGAUCUGGUAAGAAUAGCCGUGAGUCACAUUCCCUACUUUUAGAACUUUGGAAAGCAUUAGAGGUGGACAAAAAGUAUUUUUAUUUUGUGGUUGGUACAGUAUGAAAAACUAGACUAAGGGAACAAUCCUCGAUACUGAUUUGCUAAGGCCUCUACUAUACAAUACGUGCUUGUAUUUUUAACCACAUUUGAACCAGAUACUGUAUGUAUUGUAUAGUCAGGCACACAACUAUAUGUUUUGAGUGUGUUAUCACAUUGUCAGUGAAACGUAAUGCACCCAUACUGUAGAUUGCUGCAAUAUGCUAACAACCAUCUAAUUUCUCAUAAUAAAUAUGUUCAAACCUUUAUUUUGCUGUUGCUUGACGAAACUCACAGUCACACAAACUGCAACACGUUGUAUUGUUGUUUCAUCACACAAGACACUUGUAUGGAGAAUUUUCUAGACUAGACUCGUCAUAUAUGCAGUUUUUGGCAUAUAUACAACGCAUAUCAGUUCAACAUUUGCACCAAUAAGACAGAAGACUUCAGAAUACCAAAUGAUGUGAUGCAAAAAAAUGGAUGCAUGUUUGUGUAUUACAUUUGUCUAUACAAAACAAUGUCCAACAAUGAAAAUGGUAAGGAAAAAUACUGCAAAUUGACUGCAAAAGGGCUGAUUCUUUAGGUCAUAAAUAUAGAGACAUAUUUAGUAUGGCUGUACAGUACAUAGUUAAGGUGAUGUUUUGGUAGGGCCAUAGAAUAAGUCUGUGCCUUGUGUCCAAAUGAAAUGUGCACCUGAUUUAAUUGUCCAAAUACUGACUGGUCUAGGAACAGAUUGAUGCAUAAUAUUAUACCAUAUAGCAUGAUAUGAAAUCACUGUUCCACUUCAAAGGACCCUCUCAAUAUCAAUAUCAUAUCCAACAAGAGUUCAUUUAAAAAAAAACUAUAAUCACCAGAAAAUGUAUCUGGUUUCUCAGUGUUAAAACAUGUGCAAAAGUCCACAGCUCCAUUGAUUGUAGAUAGAGUGCACCUAUUAUGCUGUUCCAGUCAUGGAGGGAACCUAGAGUAACACUUAUAUGUGUAGUAGUGAAGUAUAACUCCCUCACUCAAAUAGCUUCCACUGAUAUAAUAGCAUAAAACAUGUACAUGACGUGUAGAUUGACAUUCCAGCUGGCUGGUCAUCAUGCUACAUAAUUGCAUACUGUAAAGUAAUAACACAAUGGCCAUUGACUCUAAAUCAUGUCCUAUGAAAUGAUUGAACUAUUUACAUCCAAACUUUGCUCAUUUCUCAAUCUAAAUAAAAACAUUCUCUACCUAAUCCUCAUUGAACUAAAUUGUGCCCCUGGCUGAGGCUGAAUUGCAUUCAUGAUGUAGCUAGUGGUCUUGGUUCCAACCUUUAGGAGUGGGAAGACGAUGGUGCUCUUUGUCAGUGGAUCAUGUUAUUCGUGAAGCACAACUGAUUUUGUAUGCUAACAAAAUGAAAUAUUACUUGUCAUAAAUGUAUGUGCAAGUUGGGAAGCGGAAACUCCAUUGUAUUGUACACAUCUAAAAGCAUAUUUACAAUAAAUCUGUUUCUUCUCAA